AUGGCCGGAGUUGACCUCCUAUUCGGCCCGAUGCUCAUCGGUGUCCUCCUCAACAUCCUGCUAUACGGCGUCAUGGCAUCGCAGAUGCUCACCUACUAUAUCCGUUUCCCGCACGACAUGCGCGCCAUCCGAUUCUUCAUACUCUACCUCUUGAUUGUCGAGACUGUCGUUGUAAUUGUGGAGGUGGGGAUCAUCUACGAGCCCUUGAUUAUGCGAUAUGGAACUGUGGAAGCUCUGACGUCUCUGCCGAAACUCCUCCCCGCUGACGCUUUUUUGAUUGUAUUCGUUGCGACGCCCGUCCAGCUCUUUGCUGCGUGGAGAAUCUGGGUCAUCACCCACUCAUAUAUCGCUCCAAUCAUCAUCGCCGCGUUCUCCACGGUCUCCUUCAUCGGCGGCAUGUUCCUCUCAUUCGCAGUCUCCCAUUCCUCGCGCUUCAGCGACUUUAGCCAAUUUGCCGUCAAGGCAUCCGUAUGGCUUGUGUCGAGCGCCAUGUGCGACAUCGUGCUCGCAACGGCGAUGGCCCAUGCACUCCUGAGCAAGAAGACGGGGAACGAUAAAGCGGUGGAUGGGUACAUCAAUCGGAUUGUCCGUCUGUCAAUCGAGUCUGGCUCCCUUACCGCGGCAGCUGCAUUUAUGGAUGUCAUCCUGACCUUGUCCCUUCCGAAAACUGCGCUCAACUUCGUUGUGGACUUCCCGCUCUCAACACUUUACACAUGCUCUUUGUUGGCGCUAUUGAAUGCCCGCGACCGCAAGCCCGUGGGAGCUAGCACCAGCGCAUCUGACGCGGAGAAGCUGCAAGGCUCCACUAUGGCGCCGUCCGAAACCAAACACAGCCUUUCGACGCUGCCGCCGCACGAUCCUGAGUCGCUAUACCCGCAUUUGCACGCGGCCAAGGAACACGGCUACGCGUCGUUUUACAGCUACGACUCGCAGAGCCCGGAGAAGCCGCGCCGCUCGAAGAAGUCCGACUCGGCCAGCUCGAAUGGGUCCGUCACGGUCCCGGGCUCGCCGGUCCGGAUCAAACUGUCGCUGCCGCCCCCGCCGAAGCGUCUGCGCGACCGCGAUGAGAGGCGAGGAAGUACGGGGAGUGCAUAUAAUUACCCCGCGCGGUCACAGACGACGGCGGUGUUUGGUCGGAGUGCGAAUCCUGUUGGGGAGUAUCAUGGACGAUAG